CAUUCAAGUUUCCCUCAACUUCAGUUUACCUCCCCAAGAAAUUCUUCGUUUCUUGCACACGCUCAAGAGAACCAAAGCAUCUUGAGAAGCUGACAUCAAUGGAUUCCUACAAAAUCUUGUUCUUGCGAUCUCGCCCACACGUCCAAGGCAGCGGCAGCAGCGAUCUGGCCGGCCAAGAGCGAUGGGCUGCUCGUCGUCCAAGAAGCUCGACGAGGAGGAGGCCGUGAAGGCGUGCCACGACCGGCGGAGCUUCGUGAAGAAGGCGAUCGCGCAGCGGAACCUGCUGGCCUCUUCCCACGUCGCCUACCUCCAGUCCCUCCGCCGCGUCUCGCUCGCGCUCUUCUACUACCUCGCCGAGGACGAGCACCUCUACUUCCUGCAGGAGUCGUCGUGCAGGCACCACCCGUCCUCGCCGGAGAACAAGGUCUUUGUCCUGAACUGCCUGAAGCAAGGAGGGGCGCCGGUGCAUCCGCUGGUGGAGCAGUGGGACGGCGAGGACGGGGCUGCCGAGACAGCUGUCGUGGAUGGGUUCUUCGGCGUGGAUCCUCGGCUCUUCCAUCCACCGGCGAACAAUGUGCCGCCGUCAUCGCCACGUCCGCUGCCUCCGGGAUGGGACUUGUUCUGGAUUGACCCUUUCUCUUCCCUGCCGACCGAUCGUGACCAUUGCUACAUGAAUCAUGGCGUCGAAGAGGCGAACGCUGAUCAAGAAGAUGAGGAGAUACCGGAGCUGGAAGAAGCAAGCGUGGAUGACAACGAUGGCGGCGAUCGAGAAGAGGAGUCGGAGGAACAAGAGGAGGAGGCUGGUCACGAGCAGGCAGGGGCCGCACAUCGAGUAAUGGAGGAGCCAAGGAAGGAAGAAGAGAAGAAGGUGGUGGAUGCGAUCCACAAACUGAGAGUGAUGACCAGCGCCGAGAUCGAGCAGCAGAGCAGCCCCGGCCGCUUCACCGUGUACGUCGACAGGCCGCCGGCGAGCGUGGCGGAGGCCAUGAGGGACAUCAAGGCCCAUUUCUCCAAGGUCGCGGAAAUCGCCGGCGAGGUCUCGGUGCUGCUGGAGGUCGUCCCCUACCAAAAGAAAGUUCGAACACCUGCUCCGAGAGGGGAUGUCGACGGCGAGGACGGUGACGAGCAAACCGGCGCCCGGGAAGCCUCGCCGGAGCCAUUCGAGCUCUUCCAGAGCCACAAGGAGAGCCUUGACAGACUCUACGAGUGGGAGAAGAAGCUCUACGACGAAGUGAGGGCAGGGGAGCGCGUGCGGCUGUCGUACGAGAAGAAGUGCGCGCAGCUUCGGAGCCAAGACGCCAACGGCGCGGAGCCGUUCGCGAUCGAGCGGACUAGGGCCGCCAUGAGGGACCUCCGGACCAAGCUCAACAUCUCCCUGGCCUCCGUCGAUGCGGUAUCCCGGCGGGUCGCCGCCGUCCGCGACGACGAGCUUCUGCCGCAGCUCGCGCAGCUCAUCCGAGGGCUGGCGAGGAUGUGGCGGGUGAUCGGCGACGCGCACCGGGUGAUGAAGCGCACGGCGGACGAGGCGAGCGCGCUCCUCUCCGCGUCGGCCGCCCGGGCGGAGGGAGGCGUCGGUGGCCCGCCACCGGGCCCGACGCGGGCUGCCACGGCCGCCGGCGCGCUCGCGAGCGAGCUCCGUGGGUGGCGAGCGGCGCUGGAGGCCUGGGCCGAGUCGCAGCGCGGUUACGCCGCGGCGCUCUGGGGCUGGGCGCGGAGCUGCGUCAAGGACGGCGAGGACAUGCCGCGCCUGCUCGUGUCCUGGGCGCGCGCCGUCGAGGCCGUCGACGUCGAGGCGGUGACCCGGGCCGUGGAGGUCGUCGCGGCGGAGGCCUCGGCCAUCGCGACAGCCGCGAGGCGGCGCAACAGCAACAACGGAGUGGAGGAGCCGAACGAGGAGGAAGGGAAGAGGAGGGUCUGCGUCGGGCUGGCGGCGGCGCUGGGCGCCAUCGCUGAGGCAGGCGGCAUGGCCUCCGCGGCGUACGGCGAGCUGGUGGCCGAGAUGGAGCAGAGGGAACGGGAGAUCGAAAUGGCGGGAAGGGACAACGAGGAGUCGUCAAUUCAAAACAAUCCACAGUAGCAUCCCAGGAUGUGUAAAUUGUAAAUCAGGCUCCACAAAUCAAAAUUCACAAUUAACUGAAGAAAGUUAGAACACUGAAUUGGUGCGAGCCAUUGAUCUUGCUCC